GGCCACCCCCACUCGCGCCACACUCUGGCCUCCCACUGCCCACAUGCGCGCACAGUCCACUCCCCCUCCUACCUAGCUGCUUAUCCGGCGAGCAGAGCUGAACCGAGCUCCAGUCUCAGACCAGUUCCGAACUAGCUAGCGAACCAGCUGCAGCAGGCCUCGAGGUCGCCAUGAGCAAGGAGAAGCACCACCGCGACUGGAUCCUCCGGCGCUGCUGCGGCGCCGUCUGCGCCUGCGCCCUCACGCUCGCCGCCGUCGUGGGCUUCAUCAUCCUCGUCAUCUACCUGGCGCUCCACCCCUCCAAGCCCUCCUUCUACCUCCAGGACGUGCAGCUCCGCUCCAUUGACCUCAGCGACCCCGCGCUCUCCCUCAACCUCCAGGUGACGAUCGCGUCGCGGAACCCGAACGAGCGCGUGGGCGUCUACUACAAGACCCUGGACGCGUUCGCGACGUACCGGGACGAGCCGGUGACGGUGCCCGUGGAGCUGCCGUCCAUCUACCAGGGCCACAAGGACGCGUCGGUGUGGUCCCCCGUCCUGUCGGGGGAGUCGGUGCCCGUGGCGCCGUACGCGGCGGACGCCAUGCGGCAGGACAUCGCGGCCGGGUACGUGCUGCUCCACGUCCGGGUGGAGGGGCGCGUCAAGUGGAAGGUCGGCAGCUGGGUCUCGGGCGGGUACCACCUCUUCGUCAACUGCCCCGCGCUGCUCGCCGCCUCGGGGGGCGCCGUCGGGGGGGCAUUCGCCGCCAGCGCCUCGGCCGGCGGCGGCGCCGUCCCCGCAGGCGUCAACACCACCGUCUCCCUCAAGUUCACGCACCCCGCCGACUGCACCGUCGACAUCUGACGGCGACGGCCGGGCGCCCGCUCAGCCGCCGUUCGUGCGUGUACGAUGACCCGUCGCUCGCGCGCGCGUAGCUAUCGAUGGAGCAAUCUUGUAGCAGUUGAAAUGUUCUUCCUCCUUAAUAUUUCCCCUUUUUUUCCGAACCUGUGCAGAAUAAAUUAUUAAAGCUACUCUACAUAUACACACUCUGUCUCGUAGUUUUGCUAUUUAUAUUAUGUAAUAUUUCCACCGAAAUAGAAUUAAUUUCCAUCUAAAAA